AAGUGGCCCGCCGCCGAGGACCGCGGCGGCUGGAGGGCGCCCCCCGGCGGGCCGCCGGUCGCGGACAGGGCGAGCCGCGCCGAGGCGUUCUUCGCCACCCUGCCGCCAGACGAGCUGACGGAGCAGGAGCUGGAGCUGCGGCAGGUCGUCAUAGCCUACCUCGAGCGGCACUCCGCCGGACCUGGCGAGCCCGUGCGGAUCUCGGACGUGACCGUGGACCCGGUGAUCUCGGCGGCACGAGCCCGGCUGCUGCCGCAGGAGGUACCCCUGCGAGCCUGGCUGGACCAGCGCAUCGGAGGCGAGGUGGAGAUCAGCAGCGACCCCAAGACGGGGAUCUGGCAGGCCGGACUCCGCAGCGACGCGGGCGCGGAGGAACCCACCGGCGGCGGCGGGCCCGGCAGCUCCGCGGUCGCCCGGGACGACUUCUUCGCCGGCCUGCCCGAGAACACACAGCGCACAGGAGGCGCUGCGCCUCGCCCUGCUCGAUCUCCUGGAGGGCUGGCGCGGCGGCGGGCCCCCCACGCUCCGGGACGCCAUGGCCGACGCCGCGGUGCGCAGGGCGAGGGCGCGGGUGCUGCCGCGAGGCUCGGGGCCGGUGUCGCUGAAGGACUGGAUCGAGCGGAGGAUGGGCGGCGAGAUAGAGACGGCGGCGGGGGCCGGCGGCCAGACGCUCUUCGGCCUCGUGGGGGCGCUCGGCUCGGAGGGCGGCGGCUCGGCAGGGACGAAGCGGAAGGGCGACGCGCCGGCGGAGCCCUCUGGCAAGAGGGGCCGCCGCGCCGCCUGGGUGCGUCAUGUACUCGGCGCUGCAGCGUGGGACCCGCCCUCUCGCUCGCUGUGCCAACGAUCGCCGUUGGAAAAAAUAAGCUGCGGGCUUUCUCUUAUCUGGUAGCAAAUUAG